AUGUUGAUUCGACGACAUGUUGCGAAGCUGCUAGCUGACUAUUAUGCCCAACCCGCCAACCGGGUGGUGGGGAGUGCAUUGUUGACAGAAGGAGACAUCAAUUUCAAGCGUCUGUGGGGAGAAUGGCAUUAUCGCAGAGUUUGUUCUCGUCUAUAUGCCAACCAGGAGGGUCGGUGGCUGACAUCGGUGGAGUUGAUGAGACCAUUCUAUUCCAGGGUUCUGGGAAACUUUGUGGCAGAGCAAGCAGAAGCAUCAUUAAAGGACAGCCAUGAUUGUUUUGACAUUGUGGAAAUGGGAGGAGGCAGAGCUACCAACGCCACUAUCAUCUUAACCCAUUUGCAGCGAAGCCAUCCUGGAAUCUAUCAAAGAAUCAAUUCGUAUACCAUGAUUGAUGCAUCUCCAUCUCUUUUGGAACUACAAGAGCAAACUAUGCGCUCCACGGAUCAUGCCGAUAAGAUGAAGUUUGAGCUGAAAGAUAUUAUUGAUGUCGCAGAAGGAACCACAUCAUUCUUGAAUCCUUCAAACACGCCAACUGUUUGUAUAUCGUGUGAAUUACUUGACAAUCUACCCCAUGACAAAGUUCGAGUCAAAGGUGGCAGGCUGGUUGAACAGGGAAACAUUUUGCCUCUAUCAGAGGAUGGCGACAAUGCCGGUAGUGAUGGUCACGAGAUGCAACAAACUUCGACAGUACCACUAGUGGAAGCAUUUGCACCUCUUUCGGACCCACUGCUAUCAUCCAUUUUGAAAUUGGCACCCGAGUACACCAGGACGUCUGUCCUGACUUGGAUCCCAACUGUGGCUUGUGGAGUGCUUCAUCGGUUACACCAGGAACGGCCCAAUUCCACACUCAUGUUUGCGGAUUUCGAUUGGCUCCCACCUCCAGACUUGACCAAGGAACAGGGACUGGCAAAACGAACCUCCACAUGGGCUGCAGGGGAACCCAUCGUCACGGAUAUGGACGGAUUAGAUCACUCCUGCUACCUUGAGUCCCCAGAUCAUUGCGACAUUCUCUUCCCCACUAACUUUGACCAUUUAGCAAAGUUCGUGCACAAGUCUUGGAACAUUUCUAACAACGCCCCUUUCCAAGUGGAUGUUUACAAGCAGAGUGACUUUUUGGAGCGCUUUGGACCAGAACAGGUUGAUGCAACCAAAAGUUGGCUCACUGGUUUCACUCCAAUGCUGCACGACUUUUCCAAUUGCUCAGCCCUGACCGUAACGAGAAGGCAGACCAGCAAUGGCGAAGGCACGAACAAGGGAAAGAGAAACCCAAAUGUAUAA